AGUGUGAAGGACACAUGAAUAAAAAAAAGUGACAUUUUGGAAAUGGAUAAGGAAAAAGAUGAUUGUGUUGGUGUUAAGUCUAAAACCAAAGAUAAGAAGUUCGAUGCACUUUCCAUAGAGAUACCACCAGCGGAUCCCACCCUUCCAGAUGAUAAACGACUUACAAGGAGCACCAGGCAAAGUAUAAGGUUAGCUAGCCCAAAAGUGAAUAGUCCAGGGGCAGAAUUGAGUCCUAAAGUAGAUAGAAGAAGUCCUGCAAGUGUGCUGUCUAUGGGGAAGCCAAGCCCUGUCCCAGUGUUGCGGCCGAGUGUCAGUCCUGCCACUAGAGGUACCAAGAGACGUAGACAUGAAUCAGAAAGCAGCAGUGCCUCGAGUAUUAAUGAUGAUACCCAGGAACCAGCUGCAAAGUCCACUAGAAGAAAACCUCCUGAUAAAACUGCAGAUGAUGAGGAGAGCUCCGAGGAUGAGUCUUUAGAUGGGGGAAGCAUAAAGAAGAGGAAUCCCUCAGCAGCAUCCACUUCCACCAAUGAAGAUGAAGAUGAUUCUCGGCCAUCAUCUCGGAGCAGUCGAACUUCCUGCAAAACUUCUACACGUAGUAGGGAAAGGCAAAGUUCUGCAGAGUCCAUUGGCACAACGCGAGACACUACUCCAACACGCCGUACUCCUAGACAAAACAACCGUGUUACAAAUAAGGAAAAGUCACCAGAACCAUAUAGAGAAAGAGGACAAAUGGGUCAGUUAGUGAAACCUCAAACCAUUCGUGAUAAUAAAGACAGAGGGGUAAAAGACCCAGUUAGAGAAAAAGAUGGAGCAAGGGAAAAAGAAUUAGAAAGAAAAGAACUUGUGAAAGAUAAAGAUGCUCAAUUAAAAGAUAAAAGAACUCCAAGUGUAAUUAAGGAGAACAAAAUAAUGCCCAAGGACAAAAGUCCACAGUCCAAGGACAAAGACAAGAGCCCAAUACAAGGCACCAAAACAAGAAAAGACAGUGAACAGUCAGAGCCAGAUGCCAGUAAUCGAAGAAAAACCAGAAGUACAGCAACAGCAAAUGAAGAUACCCAAACAAAAGAAGAAGAUUGUCCAAGGACAAGUAGGAUCCCCCUCUUGCUGAAGUGAGGACAUGGCUGGUAUUUCUGAAGCUAGAUACGAAUCCUUCAGCAAGAAUUCUCUAGGAUUGGUGGAGUGUUGCUAUGAGCAGACAGCAGUGUAUAUCAGUAUUAGAAAAAACAGUGCAAUAAGACGUUCCCUCAUAUGCUGUCUGUCUCCCUCUGUUCCUAUGGUGGUAGUACUGGUGAUGUGAUGCCAGCUUCCACUCUUUCUUUUAUAAGUUACCUCUGCCUGACCACUAGACUUAAGUUUUUAGGAAGCAAUGAUGUAGAGAGCCAAGACUCUUAACAAAUUCAAAGUUUUGUCCUCUGUCCAUUUCAUUGGAGCUCGUUUCCUGAAUGUAGCUCAGUGUGGAUGGACUCAAGAUCUCAGCCUUUGGCAACCCAUGAUUAUUUCUUUUAACUUACAGAGAUUCUGUAGGCUGUUUUGUUAAGGUCAAUUUUGUUACUUUUAUUGUACUGCUUAUAACAAUGACUAGUGAUAAAAUAAGCACUGUGGAUUGUCAGUAACAGCUGUAACUCCAGAGGAUAGCUGAAUGCAAUGAAUGUGUGAUUUUUAGGGUGAUGAAGUCCCCCCAUCCCCUUUCCCAGUGAGAAAGUCUCCUGGUAGUAUUGUCAGGGACAGAGGGUGGUGUUGUGGCUUGCCCACUAAUAUGGUGUGGUCUGUGUUACAAGUCUACCCACCCCAUGGCAGACAUUUGCCCACCCACAUUGCGGUGCCCACACUUUUCUACACCAACACCUCUAUUGUAUAUGUAGAUUGUAUAUAUUGGUGAAUGUUUUUAAAUGUACAAAGUACAGCAAAGUUAAUAUUUUCUGUGUAUUUCUGUAUAGAUGACUGCAAGUAGAGCAGAUCCUGUAAAUUAUAAGCUUAAAGUGUAGAACCUAUGAAGGUGAAACUGCGGCUGUAUUUAUUGUAAAUAUUGUAAUCUGUUGUAUAGACUACCACUACUGCAAACAACCUCGUUACUGAUGUUUGUUUCUCCACAUCCUGUGCCCAAUGCCAUUUUUCUCUAGACACCUCACUUGCACUUCUUUCCAGACCUAUCUUAUUUGCUAACUUGUUUGGCUUGUUCAUGCCUUGCAGUAGGAGACUUGUUUUAGGCGUAUAUGCCUUUUUGAGAGAUCAUUUCGUUUUAUGAAUUUGAUCGUGGUUUUUGCACAGGUUAGGAUUUUACUCCUCUAUUCGAAGGCAUGAGCAAUGUAAAAUAUUUGUAAUCUAUCCUGAUAUAUUUUUUUUAGCUUAAUGGCAUGAAAAUUAUUCUUUAAUGGCCCUAUUGAUUCUAUUGUAAUGUAAGAUUUCAUAUUUUACAUUGUUAUGAAUAACAGUUUUAAUUAUAUACAUUGACUUUCUGUACAGAAGAUUUUAAUAGUCCUAUUUUCUCAAACCUGUAUUGCAAUAAUUACACUGAGCAUGUCGAGAGUCUUGAUUUGUCCCUUGGUGUAUUGGGUGAUUGUUCUUAAAGAUGUUUACAAGUCUUUAAUUCAUUUAGUCUGUUUCAUACCUGUUUUGGGGUUGGUGUCACGCAGAUUUACUCAUUUGUUAUAUUAUUAUACUAAGUAUAUGCACGACCCUGUCCUUUUUAUCUUUAUUUCUUACAAGAGAUUAUUUACACAAUCUCUGGCAAGGAUACAACCAUCGUCUCGGAUUUGUCAACCAAGGUGCACCGUAAGCAGAAAUAUUAUAGUAAAAAAAUGUGUGUUUUGUAUUUUUCUAAAGUUGCUGUUGGAUAGAGAUAUGGCUGUAUGUCUAUCUGUUGUGGCGUGAAAGCCCCAGAUAAGGUGUAUCAUGUUACUGAUGGAGUAAACUGACCAAUAAGUCAGGCCAGUCUUUGGUGUCUCCCUUUCCCAGUCACAGAUGGCUACAUAGCCUGCCUCCACUCAUUCUAAAUGUGUGCUUUACUCUCUCAUUUUUCUGAAGGAAGACUUAUUUCUUCCCAGUUGCACCAAUCAUUGUUCUUAUUCCUUGACAUUUUUAUUUUUUUUUAGAUUGUCGGAAUGGAGAGAUUAAACUUUUAACUAGGGUGUUGGGCUCUUUAAAAAAAAAUUCAAUUCACACAAGCAGCAAGAGUUUUUGUUAAUGCAAUAUCAACGCAUUUGAAGAGUUUCUCAAAAUGAGAAAGAAGUAUUCUAAAAAGACAAAAUGCAAUCUCUCUAAUAUAUGUUUAAUGGAAACAUUUCAGUCCUGGGACCAUGGUCAUUUAUUUGGAGUGACCAGGGUCACAAGGUUGAAGUGCUUCCAUUGAACAUGUUCUGAAGUAACUGCCUUUUGUCUGUUUCAUCAUCUGUCAGCAUCAUAUACAUUUAUAUAUCCACAGAAAAAAAGUAUGCUGAUAAAUUUUAGUAACUGAGUAAUACCUAAAUUUUUAUAUUUAUAAGUAGUUUUAUUUUUUUAAUUUUUCAGAAAUAAACUUUAAGGUUU